AUGAUUUACAUAGCUCCAUGACAACAUAAAAAAUACUCAGAUGUGAUAAAAGUUCGAAAACAUACAAUCAACUAGCUUUGCAGUGCCUCUCAUUGUUUACAAAUGGCGGACGAGGCAAACGACCACGAAAAAGAGGACAAAUCUGCGAAAAGCUUAGAAGAUUUUAUCACCGAGCAUUAUAACAAACAAAAGGAGGAUGGAAAAAUGAAUGCCACAGAGGACAUUGAUGACAAGAGAGCGCUGGACUUUUUCUCCCGAGCCAUGUCAGAGAGCCGAAGGAUGAACUCAGAAACGGUAAAAUCAGAACAGAAGCUUGCCAAACUGCAUGCAGAACUUGGGAAGGAGAAAGUGGCUGCUUGGCAGGCAGAACAUGCUGCUGAAGUUCUCACACCAGAACAGCUGAGGCACAUGGGACUACAACAAACUUCAUGAAGUUGCUAACAGAUUAAUUAGCAGAUGUUUACAUAUUUUAUGUCAUUAUGAAAGGCAAAAUCUUUAUCAUCCAAGAUGGAAUGUGACAAUCAAUUUGAAGCAUGGUUACCUAAUAUGAGGGAAAAUGAUUAUGAUGUUUGUUGACUCAAAGACACAUUUCAAUAUUAUUUCCAAGCGUUGGCCUCCAGUUGACGCUGUAUUCUUAAUCCUUAAUGGAUCAUUUAUCAUACUGCCUUCAUAUUUUUAUAUAUACUGGUACAAAAAAAUCAAUGCAUGUAAUUUCAAAAGAAGAAAACAGUAUUUCAUUUUAUUUACAUUUGUUAAUAAACAUGAAAUUACAUGUGA